AACAGAACAUGAAUUCUUUGUUUAAAAGAUGCUUUGACUAAAAUAUUGAAAAGUAACUUUUUGUCAAAUCCAGAGGAUGAGUGUCAUUGCAGUCCAGUCGGUGAAAAUGGUGACAGCCAACAUGUUGCUGAGUGUCUUCUUUGUUUCAGGUGCUCUGGCUGUUUGUUAUAGAGAGCCAGCCCUAUUCAUUACUGCACCAAAGAACAUGGAAGCACUGAGUGGAUCUUGUCUGCUAAUCCCAUGUAACUUUAGAACUACAUCAGAUCACCAAUUCAAGAGCAUAAGAACAACCUUCGGAGUGUGGAUUAAAAAGGACUACAGAUUUAGCAAAAAUAUAAAUAAUGUUAUUUUCAACAGCAGUGGGCCUGUUACCACCUAUCCAAUGAGUAUUACUGGAGACCUGAGUCAGAAACAAUGCACCGCCUUGUUUUCUAGUUUAAUCACAAGUUACACAGACACAUACUACUUCAGAAUUGAGAACAGGCCAAUUCUGGCAACAGCUGAGUGGGAUCCUCUUCAAAUAACAGUUAGAGAUUCCCCCCCGAGCCCCAGAAUUGAGAUCCCAGGUGAUCUGAAGGAGAAAGAGUCUGUCACUGUGAGCUGCUCAGCUCCCACUCCCUGUCCACACUCCCCUCCUAAACUCACCUGGAAUCUCCAACAAGACCCUCCCAACAACAGAGAGGAGAACACAGAUCGGACCUUCACAAUUAAAAUCCAGAAGACCAUCACUCUGUCAGACACACAUGAUGGACUCACCAUCAGCUGUUCUGCCACAUAUCUUGUGAAUGAAGGAAGAGGAGUCAAGACAGCAGAGGAGAGAAAGACUCUCAGUGUCUCAUAUGCUCCCAAGAACACCUCAGUGUCCACCAGUCCAUCAGGUUUGGUGUCAGCAGGUAGCUGGGUGAACCUGACCUGCUCCAGCAGAGCCAAGCCCCCCCCCAGCUUCAGCUGGUUCAAGAACAGCACAGAUGGAGACCUCCGUGUAGCUGAAGGAGACUUUUACAGCUUCAAAGUGACCAGUGUGACAGAUGGAGUUUAUUACUGUGUGGCCACAAAUGAUCUCGGUAAUCAGACGUCAUCUUCGAUUCAUUUGAAGAUUGCAGAAAACUCUGAUAGCUCUCUAAAAUUGGCUUCAGCUCUUGGAGGGAUCAUCAUCAUCAUCAUCUUCAGUCAAAGAGGGGAAGAGAUGAGUCUUCAAAUGCCAGCCACCAAAACAGAAGAAGACAUCCAUUAUGGAGAGAUUGACUUCUCUAGGCGGAGACCUGAAGCGUCCUCGUCCUCGGAGCAGGACAGAGGACAGCAGCAGCACUCUCUGUAUGCACAGGUCAAAGACAGCAGACAGCAGACAGCCGAACACAGACUGCUGACGGCCCAGAGGAUCUCUAUGCUCAACUUUCUCCAGGUGCGGUUCCCCUUCUCACACAGCUUUGCCUGGAUUCAGCAAGCAGGGGCGCCUGCAGCUGUGUCAUGUAUCAUGAAUAAAACUCCGCCCCAGGCGGCUUCCCGCUUCGCCUGUGCCAAAAACCACUACUGCCGUGUGGAGUCACUCCUACAGCUGAGUCUUUCCGGCGCCCAUCCUGGAAGGAAAAUCAGAGGAUCAGCGUCCAGUGAAAAUACUGUGAGACGCAACUUGUUCACAGUCACUGAUCCUGUCUGCCGUUCUGCCGCUAUAGGUGUCAGCUCAGGUGUGGGUGCAGAUAUUACUGCAUUAAAAGCAUUUGAAGCGACCAAAGUAUUUGAAUCACUGACGCUCCGUCAUCAGCACGACAUUGCAGAGGUCCCUGUCUCCAGCGCCUUCUUCCUUCCCCAGACCCCUGCAUGGCCACCCUCCAUCCAUCCACCAGACGCCCUCAGACUCUCCCCGCUGUCCCAGUCUCCUCACUCUCACGUCCUGCUGUUUCCCUCAGCAGCCCUGCAGUACAUCUACUGGCCAAUUUCUACUCAUUCCUGCCAUAUUGUCAAUGUUGCUUUUUGCCCUUUCUUUCCAGCCACUUGA